GGCCGAUGUCGACGUACCCAUUCUUGAUGUCACAGAUGUUUGGUGUAAAAUCUUACAUGCGAUGAGUAUUCGUUCCAAGUACUUCUCAUCGAUAGUAAAAUCGGCGCCUAGAUUUAUUGUUGGGAAAAGAUUCGGUUCGGCUCGGAAUCUUGGAACGCAGCCAAGGGGUAAAAGCUGUUUGAGCAUAGGUACGAGGAUUGAUAAUAAGAGAUCUUUCGGUAUGACGACGCGGGUAUCAGAUGUAGUUGGAGGAGCGGGAGAGGAAGGAAAGGUAGUGAGAAGGUUUGCUCCUUUGGGAGGUGAGGGGAAGGGGGAGGAGGGUGUAAGGAAGUUGAGAGGAAUCAUUUUUGAUAUGGAUGGGACUUUGUGUGAACCUCAGACCUAUAUGUUCGGUCAAAUGCGCGGUGCUCUAGGAAUUGACAAGUCUAUCGAUAUCCUAGACCACAUCUAUUCUCUGCCUGUAUCCGACCAAGAAGCGGCACAUGAAAAAAUCCGAGCCAUAGAACGGGAAGCAAUGCUAACCCAAGUUCCUCAACCCGGCCUUCAAACUCUUUUCACCUUCCUCUCCACCCUUACUCCAACUCUCCCCCUCGCAAUCCUCACCCGCAACCAUCCACCCCCUGUCCACCAUCUCCUCACAACCCACCUCCCCCAAAUCCCCUUCUCUCCCAUCAUCACCCGCGAAUUCCGACCUCCAAAGCCUCAUCCCGCUGGAAUCCUCCACAUAGCAAAAGAAUGGAAUGUGGAUCCUCGAGAUACGAUUAUGGUGGGUGAUUCGAUCGAUGAUAUGAAAGCUGGAUUUUCAGCCGGAGCGGCAACUGUUUUGCUGGGGAAUAGUGUUAAUGAAGAGUUGUGGGAACACGAGUGUACAGAUUUAGUAGUGAAGAGGUUGGAUGAGUUGGUGGAGGUGUUGAAGGAGGGUUUUGUGGGGAGCGUGGAACGGUAGAUAAGUUUUUCUCAGAGGUAGAUUCGGAAGUUGAAAUUGGGUGAGAUUGUAAAUAGCUAUCUCCAUGGUAGGCUUUUAAACUAGAGAUUCCACUCGAAAUGCGCGUAAAAGAAUUUCGCAUGAGCUUUUCA